AUGAGGGGGAAUUGAAGACAAAGGGCAGGGGUGGGGAGAGACGGGCCUUCCGGGACUUUCAGCGGGACGGCCCCUGGGGGAGCCCCAGGCCUGGCACUCGCUAUCCGGAGACUGAAUGGCGGACAGCGGGCGCCUCGGGCCCCGCACACCGGGGCGCUGGGUUUACAACGGCCGCGCACCGCUCCCAGCACCCCGGGGGCGAAGGUCAAAGGCUCGUAGGGCCACGCUAUCCAGCGCCCUCAGCUGCGCGACGGACGACCGGCCCCGGGACAACGACAUCCCGCACGUGUCACCCUCCUCGUGGGCAGGGCUAGCCGUGUUCUGUGACGAAAGCAGUGGCCAGGGAGUACCAUUCCAAAGAUUGAGAGAGAUACAGAGAGAGGUUGUAGGUGCUUCCAGGUGUGAUGACCACGGACACAAUGGAAUGAGCACUAUACUUGGAGUCAGAAAGCCUGACCUUGAGUACCUGAUGUGUGCAGGUUGCCGUGGAGAUGCAAAGAUCAGCACAGCAAGUUCACGCCUACAAGAGUCUCAGAAUCCAGCAUGAGAGGUGAAGUGGGGAUACAGUCACGUAUUCACAAAUCCAAAAAAGCAAGGGAGAGACAAAGAUCACACUUAAGGUUUGGAAAGCAACCUUCCCAAUCCUGUCUUCCUCGAUCUAUUUGGACCAUGACAUCCCUCUCCGACCCCCAGGACCCUUCAUUCUGGAGACAUGGGUGAAGCAGGGGUCCUUUUUUGCCUCCUCGUCUGCCUGAGAGAAGGAUCUGAACCUUGGUAAUAACAGCUAACAUUUGGUAAAUGCUUACUACACAUGAGGCACUGUUGUAAGCAUGUUAUACCCAUGAUUCGUGUAAACCUUACUCCGUCUCUGUUUUCCCAGCUGAGGAAAUUGAGGCACAAAGAGAUAAGUAACUUUCCCAAGGCCCAAGGUCACACAGCUAGAAAGUGAACCCAGACACUAUUUUCUCUUAGAAAUUAGGGCUCUGGCUAUUUGCUCCAGUGCCAGCUGGUUCUACUAAGCCCCCUAAAGGCCCUCGAAAGAGAGAAGAACUGACCUUUAUAAAUAAAGGCAAGCUUGUCUAAGGCCCAGAAUGAGCCCUCCCAGAACAGAAAAGAGGCUCUGAAGAUGUCACGUCAGGCCCUAGAGAGGACAGCUUGUCAAGGGCUGAGUCGGAGCCACCUGUAGACACACAGGGAUCUCCCAUCCCCCAGCACCACCUUACUCGGCUCUCAUUACUGCACAUCAGUGGUGCGUCCAGGCUGGUCAAGAAGAGAAAAGAGGACGAGGAGAGGCUUGCGGUCCCUCCCCAUCGGAGGGUUGGGGUGGAGAUGGCAGCAAAAGAGAGGAAGAAAGAUGGAAGCAAGGCAGGACGCUGUCCUGGAGGCCCAGAGAGGGGUGGGGUUCAGGAAGAAGGGUGUGAUCAUGGGUCCCUUAGAGGUAAAGCAGACAAGGAAGAGAAGACUGAGAAGCAGGCACCAGCCCUGGGUGUUAGGGCACGUAGAACCUUCCGGAAGGCUGACUGGGUACAGUGUCUUGGGUGAGUAUGACCAUAAUUGGGGCCCAUGGCAGGGGAUGAGUGGUGGCCAAGAAAGUCCUAAGGAUUAUCUGCUUCUUUGGUAAGACUGAGAAUAAAGGAGGAAGAGAAAGCUUGGGAGUUUGGUGGAGGGGCCAGUCAAGGUAAAGCAGGGUUUUGUGUAGACACAUCCUGGGGCUAAAUGGUGGAGCACAGCCUGGAGACGACGGGACACAGGACACAUCUGGAGUGCCCCAAAGACAGGGCAGUACAGCAAGGCGCAUCCGCAUGCUGAGAAAAAUGACAUGUUUGAAAGGUGUUUAACAGCAUGAAAAUUAUUUAAUAUGGAAAGAUUUCCUAUAAAAUAACAUAGGGAAAAUAAGGAUCAAAAACUAUGUCAUGUUUGUGAGCAUCUUAAUAGAGAAAUAUAUUCAUAUUCCAAUUGAAAAAAAACUGUCGUGAUUCCAAUUUCCUUGAAAAUGUGCAUAUUUGCAGUGGCAGGAAAUAUACCAGAAUACAUGUGACUUUUAAAAAUUAUUUCCCGUACGUUCCAAAUUUUUAAAAACGAACAUGUGUUACUUUUAUGGUGAUUAAAAGGAGUACAGAUGGCUGGGAGUCUUGGCUAAGCUCUUAGUGUGAUUGUCCCUUUUAUUCUGUUAGCUUACUGUCUGGGAACUGGGAGGAAAUGGCUUCCCCCAGGUGAGGUCCAUGAAGCAAUGGAACCUUAUGCGUUGGUCAUACACUAUGUCCCACAUCUGGGCUAGAUGACGGGGUGGGAGGAAAUGGGGACUGUGCAAAGGGCUUUAGAGUCUGGAUGGAGAAAGGAAGAAGCACAGAAGGAAACAACACAGCCAUAGUGGUAAGGCUUUUGUCCUUUCCAAGAAGUGGUCCAUCUGUGGGCGCUGGUGUUAGUGGAGAAGUGGAACUCGAUCUAGACCUUGGAGAGUGAAAAGGUUGCAAUGAGGCGUCUGUGGCUUUGGGCCGGAGCCAUUGGUCAUUGGCUUGAACAGGGGAAGCCAGAGUGUGCUGGGCUGGAGGGAGGAGGGACAGGUGACUUCAUUCAGCCAGCAGUGGGGGCGUCCUGGGGCUCCAGGGCCUGCUGGAACUGCUACUGAAUCAGCAGGCCUGGGGGUUUGCAAGGGGCAAUGCCCUGCAGGGGAGGGAGAGCAAGGGGCCUCGGACGGUGGGUUGCCCCCCUGACUUCGGUUCCUUCCUCCAUGUCUGCGCUUCAUUAACUGUGGAGAAGGGACAGAGCCUGAGAGAUGAUGAGAGGAGAAGAAAGCGAGCAGAGCUCAA